AUGGCGAUCCUGUUGAAUUGUGUACAUGCUAUCAAAUACAAAGUGCAUUUGCUUGCAUACGGUUGGAUGUUUUGGGCAAUUCGAGAGAUUAAAGUUAAUCCUAUGAUGUUCAAGAAUCCUGUACGUGAAGGUGAAUUGCUCUCUUCGGGCCAUACUUGUAGCUGUCUUGAACGACAAUCGCAGUUAUUCGAUGGGGCUUCGAAAUGUAAUGUUUGUAUAAUUGUUGAUGUAGCAAAGUACGAAAGCGUCUGUAGAACAGCGUCAAGGUCAAAAUUUCAAACGGAUAAUGUGACCAGUACUGAGCGCCUAAGUGAUGAUAGCACAUUGAGAGAUAUAGUUUUUAGCUACGUCUAUAUCCCUACAAGCAGAGCCUGUCAUGAUUGCUCUUGCGUUUGCAUUAAUUAUCAGACUAUGAACCUUCAUUUAUCUCGUACUGCUUCACUAUACUGUCCCGAAAAAGCUGACAGGACUACAACAAUGCAAUACAGCAAGCAUACACUCACUUACAACUCAGGGAACUAUUCGUAA